AUGUCAUAAAAAAAACGUCGAGCACGAUCGCGGUACCGUGAAUGGCGAGUGUCACUGGAACCGCGCCGUUCUGCUGCAUGCAGCCAAGUACCGUGGAGCAGCGGAGCUGCGGAGCCGCAGUGGAACCCGGCCCUAACCAAACUUAUAGCAAUUUGAAAAUGUUUGACAAUUUUUCAUAAAAAACUUGACAACAUUGUUCUUCUGUAGAGUGCCGCUGGCAACUCCAUCGAUGAACUCCAUCAAUGAGCGCAGGGAUAAAGUUUAGAAACCCUUCGAGCGAGAACGUGUUUACAAAACGGGAGCACAAAUAUGCCGCGUAACUUCCCCUCUAGUACUGUAUGGCCCCAUCAAAGCCACUCGCUGACUACUUACCAGUAAAAUGGGGUUGGCCGGUUGUCAGAUUAGCUGACAUGUUUUCUGCCAACACAACCAUAAGCAGUUGUCAACUCUCAAGACUAAAAGAGCUUGCGAAGAAAGUGAGAAACCUUGGCUAUGAAAGCACAUGAAGCGUCAGAACAUAAUCGAGCAAACUUGGACCUAGAUUACCAGUGUCUGCUCCAGAGCCGGGUCAGUGGCCCUGUUUGUGAGUACUUGGACCUUUUGGAAAAAGAACACUGGGUUACCUGAGACCCGGUCGGAAGUCCUGUCGAGUACUAUACUUUUUUAUACCGUUCGAGGGUAUACCGCCACUGACAGGCUGCAUACGCGUGCAGAUGCGUGCGGCCAGAGUGCCCAGUGCGAGUACGUUCAUACAUGUACAUGUACAAUCAUGUACAUCAGGAAGUCGAAAGUAAGUUUACGACUCCCUGACACACAGUAGCCGCACUUGAACGCAUCUGGCUCUGGCCCAGUGUUGCAGGAAUUGUGCCAGGUAGACGUGUACCCGGUUUGUGUUAAAUCUUAGAGCAGGUACUGCAUACCCUAUCAUAUCUGUGUACAUGGGUAGACAGAGUCAGUGUUGUUGCGUCCCACUCAGUACCCUUCUGGUUCAUUUCGGCACCAGCACUCUUUGCGUAUGCAGAGUUGAGUAGAGUGCAAGUUCGGACCACAAGUACACUGCAGCGGCUAGUAGCAAACCUAACCUGUGCCGUGAUGCCCGGCACGUGUGUGCAUCUACUUCAUCCCUGAGUAACACACCUGGUAUAUUGUGCACAAUAGGGCACACUAAAUAAUCAGCAUGCAUCGCAGUUUUCUGCAACAUAUUCCUGAAGUCACUUUACACCUCAGAAGAAUUGCGUCGCUGACUGGAAUUCGAUACCGGUUUAGUUUCUCUCUGGGUCAUUAUCAAUCAUAGAAAACCCGUCAUACAAUAGGUUUAAGCUAAAGUACCGUAUCACCAUGGUAAUUCCUGGAAAUUCGGUGUGUUUUCUGCCUUUUGUUAAACAAGCAGCAAUGUGCAACAGAAAUUACCAUGGUGAUAGAGUAGAUUACCGUGUGAAGCGGUGUGAGAUGCAGCAAAGCAUUAGGCGAUUUGAUCGCAGGACAAGAGAGGAGCUGAUGGACGAUCUCUCCAGUGUCCCUCUUGGUUCGGAGCAGCGCCGAGUGCUGACGUUGGGACUUGGAUCCAAGGGACUGCCAUGGGUUCGCCUGCAGCAGUGGUCUAUGCCGACAUUGUUAUGCUGUAUUUGGAGAAGCAGUACGUUUUGCCGAUCUUAGAGGGGGAGGGUUUAGAGGUUCAGGUUUAUAGACGCUUUAUCAUUGCAUGGUUGCGAAGGUCAAGCUCAGCGCACUUUAGAUAGGAUUAAUAAGUGUUCGGCCCUCAAGUUUUCUCAUGAACUGGCACAUGAUGGCAUUGAUUUCCUGGACACCACAGUUUUCCGUAGUAAGGGAUACAUGGCGGUGAAGCCUCAUUUCAAGUUCACCAAUCGUUUCCUGUAUCUGCUUGUCGGUAGUAACCACCCCUGUAGUAUGGGCAAAGGUGUGUUCACUGGGGAGUUGAUCCGUAUCCGUCGGUCUUCGACCCUUGACCACCACUACGAAGCUGCUGCCGAGCGGCCGAAGCAGGCUUUCCAGGCCCGUGUAUACAAGCGCUCCAUCUUUCAUCUUUCAGACCCGUACACUAGGAAUGGAUGCGCAGGGAAGAGUUCUAGCAUCCGUAGCUGCCUCAGGGGGUGCCACUUCUCCCAUCAGCGUCGACUAGUCCGCCGAUCUCACUCAGCUCUGCGAGCAUGCUGCUUCCAACACGACUUCCCGAAAGAAAAUGUGCUCGCGCAUUAGAAGGAGGUGAAAGAUGCACCUGCAGGAGAAUACAUGCUUAAGAGAAGGCAGAAACAUGCCCGGAUCCACCAGAACUAGUGCUGGCAAGUCAACAGAGGCGAGUACUGAUAAUGUUCCAGAUUGUGGUAGGAUCACAUAAGCAAAAUU